CACCAUGUAGCCGUGUCUGCAUAGGCUAUCGUUGUGUUCAUAACAUCGGACCAGAGUGUUCUACAUCGGUAGUAUUAUUUUCUGUUAUCUUCUUAACUUUCACCAGUUUCCUACAUUUGAAGAAGAGCCAUCAUGGAGAAAGUGAUUUUAGUGACCGGUGCGAACAGUGGCAUCGGCCUAGCCCUGUGUGAGCGGCUGCUCUAUGAGGACAGUCAGCUGCAGCUGUGUCUGGCCUGCAGGAACAUGCAGAGGGCUGAGGCGGCCCGCUCCGCUCUGCUGACCUCUCACCCCGACGCCCAAAUAGACCUGCUGCACCUGGAUGUAGGCUCUGUCCGCUCGGUUCUCCACGCCGCCCACAAGGUCAAGGCUAGGUACAACAGACUGGACUACCUAUACCUUAAUGCCGGGAUCAUGCCAAAUCCACAGAUUGACAUCAAAGCCUUUUUCAAGGGCCUAUUUUCUAGCAACGUCGUCAAAAUGUUUGCCACAGCAGAGGGCCUCCUGACCCAGCAGGACCGUGUCAACAAAGAUGGACUACAGGAAGUGUUCGCCACAAACCUGUUUGGACACUUUGUGCUGGUCAGGGAGCUAGACUCUAUCCUUUGCCAGGCUGGUCAGACCUCCCGGGUAGUGUGGACUUCGUCCAGCAAUGCCAGACGCUCGGCCUUCAGUCUAGACGAUGUCCAGCACAGACUGGGGACCGAGCCCUACGCGUCCUCCAAGUAUGCCUCCGACCUCAUCAGCCUUGCCCUCAACAGACACAACAACAGCCAGGGGCUGUACUCAUCAGUGAUUUGUCCAGGGCUGGUGAUGACCAAUCUUACCUAUGGCAUCCUCCCCUCCUUCUUCUGGACCCUCAUCAUGCCCAUCAUGUAUCUUAUAAGAAUCUUCACCAACACGUUCACACUGACACCGCACAAUGGAGCUGGAGCAUUGCACUCGCUGUUUCUGAAAAAAACGGAGUCCCUGGAUCCGAGGGCAAAGUAUCACAGUUUGACGUCAGGCAUGGGGAGCAACUACACGCAGCCUCGACAAAUGGACAUCGAUGACGACAUGUCAGAGGCACUGUAUGUGAAACUGCUGGAAAUGGAAAAAUCUGCUCGUAAGAGAUUGAAAGAAGAGGAUGACAAUAAACAAGCCUACAAAAAGUACCUCAACCAGACAGAGUAGUAUUUUGUAUGGCUAUACUCCUUUGCUGACUAGUUUAGGCCUAAUCACACAACUUUUAUUCUAUAGCAUAUAAUAUAUAAUUUUGUUACGUUACAUCCUUGUUCUAAAAUUGAUUAAAUACAUUUUUAAAAAUCUCAGCAAUCUACAUCAUAAUGACAAAGUGAAAACAGAUUUUUUGAAUUGUUUGCAAAU